AUGUGCCUCGGUGCGUUCAUAACUGUCCAACUGUUGUUUUUUGUCUCUGGAACAGGGAGGAAUUUCGGGAGAGAAUUUUAUCGUUGCCCAUUUUGGAAGGAAGAAACGGUGGAUUGCAAAUACUUUGUGUCGGUGGAUCAGUAUUGUCCUGGUCGAGAAGAAGAUAUUGUUCAAGCACUUUCGGCAGAGAACGAUGAUCUGAAGAAGAAGACUUCUUCACUUAGUAUGAGAUUGACAGCUGGCGAAGAUAAGGGCGAGCAAAGGAAGAAGGCAAAGCAUUGCUUUUGCCAUGAUUUAGCUGAGCUUAAGGAGGAAAAUGUUAGGUUAUCUCGUGAGCUGAAGGUGGUGGGAACUAAGUUGUCGUUUGUUUCGUAUGUGCUUAUAGUAGUGGGUUUGACAAUGCUCUUUGUAUGGUUUCAUUGA